AUAUCGCGAGACGUGUAGCGACCGCACGAUACCUCCAAGUAGACGCUGCCUGCGAGUCGAUCGUUUGGGAUCUUCGGACGGCAAAGUUACUCUCCGAGCCAGUAAAUGCUGGUAAAUCUGUGUUAUCGAUGUUAACCGAUACGUGAAACAGCAGUCUCGUCCCAAAAAGGAGGAGUCUGUUCAGUGAAUUUCACCCGUCCUGCAGCGCUUCAGUCGCAGCUAAAGAUAGUUAGCCACCGAGGUUGCUAACAUCGUUUUCGCUCGAAACUGCGAACCAGGAAGGAGCGGAGCUGCAACACACAAUCCCCAGGUCGUUCUUUCUCAACUCGACGUUAUUGCGGACAGAAAACUGUGACGAAUUUCGCCUGCUAAGUGAAAACAGGGUCUCCCUGGAAUAGCGCAGAAGAUGUCGAAGGCUGCCGAUUCCCCGGUGAAGGUCCGCUCCAAAUCACGGUCAAAGUCCAGGACCUAUUCCAGGUCUCACUCCCGGAGUCAGUCCAGAUCGCGAUCCAGGAAACGCCACUACAGUUCCAGGUCUCGUUCCCGCUCACGAUCCCACUCUCCGUCCUACAAGAGCCAUCCUCCGUGGGACUAUCAAAACAAGAGGGGAAGCUUCCGUGGUUACAACCGCGGCUACCGUCGGCCGUUCCAUUAUAGAGGAAGAAACCGUGGCUACUACGCACGUGGUCAUUACCAGAACAGAGGAGGCGGCGGUGGCUAUGGCUACAAGUCAAAUUGGCACGGUGGUGGUAGAGGAGGGUGGCACGAUCGCCGUCGGGACCAGGACCACGGCAGCCCCAGAAGAGGACGCUCUCGCUCCCGCACACCAAGGAAGCGCUCAAGCAGUCACAGCCGUUCUCGCCACACUGAUCGUUCCUCAUCUGGUCACUCCAGGCGCUCCAGCAAAAGCUCUCAUUCUCGGUCUUCCUCCCCGCGACGCCCCAGCAACAAAAGGAGCAAGGAUACGAAAGACAAGCAGCCGGACGGGCAGAUGAAAAAGUCGGACGGCAUCACCAUCGAGAAGGCGUCCGGAGGGAAGUGGAUAGAGUACGAUGCCAGUCCAAAGCGUGCCAGUCCAGGGGAUGUGAAGAAGGACGAGCAUGGCUCUGACAGCAAAGGGUCCAUGUGGAGGACCGUUGGAAGCACCUCGUCCCCUGCUGAUGACAGUCCCACCAAGUCUGAGCAUGAAGCGUCCUCCGGUGGCCAGUCCCGGGUCUCUGCUGCCCUGAAAAAGUAUAUGUCUGAGAAUAAAGGAUCAAAGCAGGCAGCCGACAAGGAAAGCAGCCGUGAGAAAGACCAGAAGGUCGACCGAGAAAAGGACAAGUCGACCAAGUCUGGGGACAUGUUCAGCAUCUCGGUAUCUUGCCUCUCUGACUCCAAGGAAGACAAGACCCUGCCCUUCUUUGACCCUGAGGAAGAGGAGUUCCUCAAGUCUCAUGGGCUGAAGGAUGGGGACCUGGAGGAAGAAGGCGAGAUUAAGGCCGGUGUGACGCCACGGGACAUUUUUGGGAAAUGGGGAGAUGAGCCGAGCUAUUCCACAUCUUACCCAUCAGUGAAAUCCAAAAGCAGGCGGGAUGAAGACGAAGAGGUCUCAGAUCAUGCUGAGGAUGAGCAGUAUCGCACUCGUAAACACCCCAAGAAGGAGAAGUCCAAGAAGAAGGAGAAAAAGGAGAAGGAGAAGGCCAAAAGGAGCCUCUCCCCUCCUUCAACAUCACGCUCAAAGGACCGGGCUCUCUUCCCCAGUGCCUAUGCAUCCAGCAAGGAGUCUCCCCCGAAACGCCUGACUUCUUCAAGGGAAGACUUUGAACGGAAAGUUAGCUCGCUGGAUGAAAUGUCCAGCAUCUCUCUGUCCAAAGAUCACUUCCUGUCCCAGGAUGUGGUCAAUCCUCUCCAGAAAGAUCCAGAGUUUCGCUCCAUUUUCCAACACAUUAAGACCGCCCAGCUCUGUCGCAGCCCCUCAGAGCUCUUUGCUCAGCACGUGGUGUCUAUUUUGCAUUACGUCAGAGCUCAACACGUUUCUAGAGACAUAACUUUUAGUGAGCGCUUUGCGAUGUACCAAAAAAAAGCUGCAGAGGCAGAAAAAAUGGCGCCAAGGAAGAGUCCGGAAAUCCACAGGAGAAUCGAUGUUUCCCCCAGUGCCUUUAAGAGGCACUCGCACCUCUUUGAUGAUUUGGAGGAGGCUGGCUACAAGGACUCGAGUCGAAAGUUUAAAGGAGAUGUGAUGGACCUCCGUCUGGAUAUUGAGAGACGCAAAAGGUUUGGAGCGAAGGAAAGCGAGUACAGGCGAGAAGGUGCGGCCAGUCCUGAAGGCUCCCGCGGAGCCAGCAGAGAGAAGUCCUCUGAGAAAAGUGGAAAACACCACAAAAAGUCCAAGAAGAAUAAGAAGAAGCGUGAUCGCUCCCCGUCCUCCUCUUCCUCCUCAUCCUCUCCCUCCCCCUCCCCCCAGCCCUUCAAAGGUAAAGAGUUCAUGGGCGAAGGUCCUGGACGCCCGGAUGAAGGAUACUUUCAGGCCCGCCACCCCCCUCGUGACUACCAAGGGCCCCGGGACCACGAGGGCCAGCACAUGGAACGAGGACGAGGACGUGGAUUUGUAAGUUCAAAUGCGGCGAGUUCCAUUGACACCAAACUGAGAGGCAGAAGACACAUUUCAUCUCUGUUCUUGUGCUUGCAGUUCCCCAGAGUGAGGGGGCGCGGGUGGAACAGGGGCAACUACCCCGGGAAUAACAACAGCAACGGAAACCCUGCCAAUAUGAACCCAGCGGUGCGCCCCCCGGAGGAGGAGUGGGAUCCUGAGUACACUCCCAAGAGCAGGAAGUACUACUUGCAUGACGACCGCGAGGGUAAGAAGUUCUGGGUGGACCGGCCGCCCAGAGGGUCGUUCCCGGCUCGCCGCGGGAUGGGAGUCUACCGUAGAGGUGGCGGUGCCAGCCCAAAGUGGACCCACGACAUGUUCCAGCGUGGAGACGACAGUCUGAAGGACGCCGGCAUGGACGAUUCUGCAUGACCCGAUUCUGACUCGUCUUCAUGGGACCAAUCAGUGGUUGGCGCCGGCCUCGUUUCCGUUUUUAUUUGUCGUCAGACGGGAGUUAUUUUUUAGUCUUCACUUUCACUCUGACGGAGUCCGACAAAACCGGUUCUUCUGGAACGUUCAAGUAGUGACGUCUUUUCUUUUUGUUUUACCUACUGGACUCUUAAAAGAAAAAAAAAUCUGACUGUGUAGUGUCAAAAAGAUUUUAUCAAACAUGUUGUGAAGAGCAUCAACGGUUGUAAAGGAAUGUGACAGUUUCUGUAACAUCUUGGUGUAGACGAGUCCUCUCGUGUCGCUUCACCUCACACUCGACUGUACAAACUGCAUGAAGAGAGCAACCUGUUUUGAUUAAACUGACGAUGAAAACUUUUUA